UGCGCGCUGCCAGCCCGCAGCCCGCGGCCGCCGCCGCCAGUCGCCAGCCGCUCGUACUGGUCGCUGUCGCUCCGCGCCGCGCCUCUCGAUACAAUGAAUGCAAAGUCAGCACACGUAGUACUUUUGACUGGAAUCUUUCUGCUAAUGUUAAUGGACAUGGCUAGUGCUGUGAAGUGCUACAUUUGCAGCUGGAAUCCAAGAGAUUAUGACAAUGAUACAUGUACAACAGACAAUUUCAAUCCACAGCGUACAAGAACAGAUGAAUGUGAUGCAGGAUGUGAGACUGUCAUCAUGAGAGACAGCAAUGGUGAUCUGGAAAUGUUCUACAGAAAUUGUUACACGAAUGGAAAUUAUAUUUACAGCAAAGAGAUGAAAAGAGUAAAUAAUGAAGAAAAAUACAAAUGCAGUUCAAGAUUAUGUAACACUGGAACAAGAAUACAACUGGCUUUCUUACCUGUUCUUUUCUGUGGCUCUGUGAUAAUCACCCUAUGCUUAACUGUGCUCAUGUGAAGUGUUUUAUAGUUAUCAUGACUGACAAAACCUCAGGGAGUCAUUCAUUUAAAAAAAUUCCAGCAGCAGCAGUAUUAAUAACCGAUUAGUCACAGUGAUUUUGCCAUUAAUUUUCAUGUUAUUUAUCUAUGAAUGUGCAUUUGAAUACUUUGUUAUUUAUAUUCAUACAACUGAUUAUGGAGAGUUAGCGAUCUUAAAAUGUAUAUCAUACCAUAAU